UUGUCGCACUCCGUCGACACCUGAGGCCAAACAUCGCGAGAGUUGGUUGCCUUGGCUGCAGCACACAGUGACGCUGAGGGAUGUUUAAGGUUUAGCGGCAGAAAAUAACAGAUUUUACCCAGCCGACCAGCCAGGGGGAGGAUGCAUACUGCAAGAUGGAGUUACCAUUGACAAGCAUUAUACGACUGACAGACCACAACGGUUGGAGUUAAAAAUCAUCAUUUGUGUUCUACUAAAGAAACAAAGUCACCUACAUCUUGGAUGCCCUGGGGAUAUACAGUGUUGUGAAGAUUCACACCUUGUGACCUGUUUACAAGUAGGACGAGACUCUUGCCGUCAGUCUGCACACUGUUGCUUCUGUUUAAGGGUGUAGCACAGAACGCUGUAGUGAAGAUCACCACACCUCCCACAACCCAGAACACUGAGUAUAGCAGUGUGAAAUUCCACAACUGAGUCCCAGAGAGCAGUUAUCAAGGCCAAAAGGCAGCAUUUGCUUUUUUUUUUUUUUUUUGUCUGAUGCAAGAGGACAAGAAGCCAACACCCUUGGAUGAACAUUUUUCCAGUACAAAUAUAUGUAUAUUUUCUGAUUGCAAACAUUGUGGCCAUUGACAAAACUGUUAAGAAAUAUUUGCAUCUUUUGGAUACAACACUAAUGCAUUUCCCCUCCACUUUGGAAAGAUGAACGUGAGAUUGUUGUUAAGCGGAGGGACGAUAUAGAGUUUAAACGAUACAGAUUUCCUCCACCAUGUCAUGGAAAAGAAACUAUUUUGCAUCUGGCAGCAGUGGGUUACAGGGCAUAUUCACCCCGCGAACCAUGACAUCAAUCGCCCCCAGCAAAGGACUCAUCAACGAGCCGGGACAGAACAGCUGCUUCCUGAACAGUGCUUUACAGGUUCUCUGGCAUCUGGAUAUCUUCCGGCGAAGUUUCCGGCAGCUCACCACACACAAGUGUAUGGAGGACUCGUGCAUCUUCUGCGCUCUUAAGAGCAUCUUUGCGCAGUUCCAGUUCAGCAGUGAGAAGGUGCUGCCCUCUGAUGCUCUUCGCUGCGCUCUGGCCAAAACCUUCCAGGAUGAGCAGCGAUUCCAGCUCGGCAUUAUGGAUGAUGCAGCUGAGUGUUUCGAGAAUAUCCUUAUGAGGAUCCACUUUCACAUCUCUGAUGAGACUAAGGAAGACAUCUGCACAGCCAAACACUGCAUCCCUCACCAGAAGUUUGCCAUGACACUCUUUGAGCAGUGUGUGUGCAGCAACUGUGGAGCCUCCUCAGACCCCUUACCCUUCAUUCAGAUGGUCCAUUACAUCUCCACCACCUCUCUAUGUAACCAGGCAGUGCGAAUGCUGGAAUGCCGAGAGAAGCCCACCCCAGACAUGUUUGGAGAGCUGCUGAGGAACGCCAGCACCGUGGGAGACCUGCGCAACUGCCCGGGCAACUGUGGAGAGAAACUCCGUAUUCGACGUGUCCUGAUGAACUCCCCAGAGAUCAUCACUAUUGGCCUGGUGUGGGACUCAGACCACUCUGACUUGGCAGAAGAUGUCAUUCAUAGCUUGGGCACCGUCCUGCGGCUCGGAGAUCUGUUCUACCGAGUGACAGAGGACAAGGCCAAACAGGCGGAGCUCUACCUGGUGGGCGUGGUCUGUUACUAUGGCAAACACUACUCUACUUUCUUCUUCCAAACCAAAAUCCGCAAGUGGAUUUACUUUGAUGAUGCUCAUGUGAAAGAGAUUGGGCCCAAGUGGAAGGAUGUGGUGUCCCGGUGUAUAAAAGGGCAUUACCAGCCACUGCUGCUGCUCUAUGCUGACCCCCGGGGGACGCCAGUGUCAGCUCAGGAUUUGGCCUCGCGCCUAGACCUACAUCACUACACUAAAGCAUAUUACGACAGUGAGGAUUCAGGCCGUGAGCCAUCAAUUUCCAGCGAUACACGGACAGACUCCUCCACAGACAGCUACAGCUAUAAGCAUUCACACUCCCACCACGAGUCUAUGGCUUCCCAUUUCUCCUCUGACUCCCAGGGAACCGUCAUCUGUAACCCUGACAACGACUCUGCCUCCCACAGCAGCCUGGAAACCACAGGUCCUUUGACUGACAGUGAUCCAGUGCAACGCCUCACUCUCAGAAAAGACGGGGUCUUGGACAGAAAGGGAGGUGUUUUGGACCGGAAAAGAAGUGCCAGCAGGCCACGAAAACUCGAGGUCCGGGGUGAUUCAAGAAGUCGUUGCUCUAAGACAGAUGAGGUGUUAUCUGCCGGCUACCACAGUGAAGGCGAGACUUUAAAAGAGCAGCAGGUUCCUCGUUCCCUACCUAAACCCAGCUCCAGUCGACUUAGAGACUUUAAAGAGACUAUGAGCAACAUUAUCCAUAACCGGCCUCUUUCUGCAUCGUCCUCGGGCUCAGUUUGCCCACCUGACUCCAGCGCUAAGGCCCAAGACUGGGAAGCUGACAGCACCAGCAGCGAGUCCAAGUCCAGCUCCUCUGGAGGGCGAUACCGUCCGCCCUGGAAGCCUCGGCGUGAGGCCCUCAACAUCGAUAGCAUCUUUAGCAGGGAACGGCGCAAGCAGGCCGGGUACAGUCCGCUAGGAGUUCUGUUGCCUGAAGACACCGGUCCUCAGGGGGACUUGGCGGCAUCCAUGGAGCACACCACCUUGCGAGACCUGCCAGGACCCCUGAGACGAGGGUCAGAGCAGCCCCCACGACUUAUCCAGAGGAUGGAGAGUGGCUACGAGAGCAGUGAGAGGAACAGUAACAGCCCCGUCAGUCUGGACAUGCCUGUUAGCGAGGGCACCAGUAAUGGCACGCACAGCUUACAAGAAGGAGGAAAGAAAAAGCCUCUACCUGAAGCCAACCCAUCAUGGAAAACUGUACCUGUCACCAAAUCCAAGAGCAGCAGUGCCCUACUGCAGGAUGUCAAAGCGUCAGUCAAGGGCAGCAGUCACAUGAGUUUAGCAGGUGAGGGCCGCAGUGAACUGGAUGAGCUACAGGAGGAAGUUGCUCGCCGGGCCAAGGAGCAAGAAUUACAGAGGCGAAAGGAAAAGGAGAAAGAGGCGGCCAUGGGCUUUAAUCCCAGACCCAGCAAGUUCAUGGAUUUGGACGAGCUCCAGAGCCAAGGGAAAGGGGAAGGCUUUGAAAGGUGUGUGUUGGAGGCAGAGACUCUGUUAGACCAAUCUCUGAGGUUGGAACAGGCAGGAGAGGUGGCCACCGCUCUGUCUGUGGUUAACGAAGCAAUGUCUAAACUCAGGCAUACCUUGCAUGAGAGCAGCGCUAACGCUCAGGGCAGGAUGCAAAAGUGCAUGAGGAGAGCACGAGGUCUGCAGCAGCGCAUGCAGCAGCAGCAGGAACUGCAGCAGAAGCAACAGGAGGAAGAGAAGGAACAGAAACAGCCCCUCAGUGAACAGUCUGUCCCGGUCCAAAUACUUCUGACAAAUGUUAAAGAGGAUGAGAAGGCAGUUUCAGAAGAUGCAUUAAGACCACCGUCACCUCUCCACAUGAAACCUCAGUCUAUAAAUAAACCAAUUUCUGAAGCCCCCGGACCUCCUGUCUCCUCCUACCAUGCAGACACACUUUCUCAGCAGCAGGGCAGCACAGGAGACAACUCCAGUCCUCUUGCUGUUACAGAGAAUGGGCCGCACUCACACACGUGGGGCCCCAGAGACCCCGUAACUAUCACAAACUCUCUUGUACAAACUGCUAGUAAAUGCAGUUCUGCCACUGUGCCUGUUAUUGCAGUGAAUGGCUGCAAGGCUCUUCUCCAGUCCUCAGUUCCACUCAAUACACCCUCUGGUCCAACUAAUUUCAGUGCCCGUCACACCCCUUCCAUCUCUGAUCACUCUAACUCUGGGGAAGGACUGCAAAACCCACCUCGACCUCAGUCUCUUCAUGGCCUAACCCACGCGCCCCACAGCCAUGCUUCUGAUGCCUGUCAAAAAUCACUCCCGGCACACUCACGUAAUUGGUCCUGUCGCAGUCUGGAACGUCCCGAUCGCCGUCCUACCGUGAUGGACUCCUCCCCGUACUCUCCAGCAGACCUUCGCUCCCCCUCAUCCCCCUGUCCUCCAUCCCUUUCAUCACCAGCACUAGAGCAGCAUCCAGCCAGCCCUAUGCCUGUGGAGAGGUGGGCCGAGAAUGUCAAUCGAUACUAUAAUUCCCAGAAUUGUGCGCGGUCGGGACGAGGCUCACCCUGUGAGGAGCUGUCUGAGCUGGACUCACUUUAUCAGGCCAGCUUGAAGGCUCCCAGCAUGCCCCGAGCCCCACGGGGACCCAGUCCUCAGCUUGCCAGCAGAACAGGCCCCGCUUCUUCUCGUAAGCACACCUCUGGAUUCUCUGCCACACUUGGCCGUUCUAAAACCCCCACAGCAGAGAUCGAGAGGAGUGCCUACAGGACGCCAGCAUACAGCACUAAACCUCUUCAGAAGCCUGUGUCUGCUGCUGCCUAUGAUGCACCACUGGGUGAGGAUGAAUCAUACAGUGCCGAGAACCUGCGACGAAUUGCUCGGAGUCUCAGUGGGACUGUCAUUGGAGGACGGGCUGAUGUACCCCAAUCUCGCAGCUUUGACCCCCAUGUCUCCAGGAUGUCCAAGCAUGUGAAUGUGCAGCCCCCCACACGUCGCUCCACCACCUCACUGCAUGUUUUACCCCCUCCUUCCCACAAUCCUCCUAUGUUCCCUCACGAACCACAGCCCCAAUACCUUCACCCAAGCCACCUCCACCAUCCCGCCCCUCCAUCACACCUGCACCAGCAGACACUGAGGCCUUCUCAUGGACAAACAGGAGAUUGCCAAAAGGCCAACAAGUUUCUGGCUGUGCUUGACCGGGGUGAAGUGUUCUCCUGUGAAAACUACCACAACGUUGCACUGAACUACGGCACACUUCCACGGGCCCUCCGUAGGUCAGUUUCAUCUGGGCCCCCAGUGCACCAAGCGAGGUCAGGACCCUCAGUGGGCCCAGGGCCCCGGAACUACCCAGACGCAGCCUAUGCCACACUGUCCCACCAUCACCGCACUACAGCAUCUAGUAGAACAAUGGAUGGUUUUUACAGACAUCCACAACAACAAUCUGCUUCAACCACCCCAAUCCCGCAUUACUCAAGCCAUCAUCACCGGCACCUAGAGCCGCCAGCCCAACCCCUCCGCCUCGAUGUGCCCCCCGAGAGGGACUGGAGGGCUGGAGGCACUCAUGUCUUCCCCAGGACAGAACCACGUGGUGGACUGUCCCGUGGCCCUCCUGUUUAUAUCUGUGGGCUGUGCAAGCAGAGCCCGGCUGAGCCAAAUAGAAGCUACUGCCAGACCUGCAGAGCCCAUAUGAACCACUACAGGAUGACCAGCUGAGUCAAGCUGGAGAUGCAUCCUUCAACACACUCAUUCUCUGUCUUGAAAGUAAACAUAAGACCCCAUGCCAAUUCUUUGAAGCUGUUCACACAGCAAAAAGCAGGAAGUUUUUCUUAGCUGCUUUGGCUAAAGUGAAAGACAAUGACUUUCAUGACUGCUUUGGUUCAGACAUGAAUGUGAGUGGGGAGUAGUCAUUUUUUGAAACCAUAUUUUAAAUGCAGCUGCUGCAUUUAAACGCUGGAAGAAGGACAUCACUCCCUGCACUGUUACCUACAGUAAAUGUUUCCACUGCUAAUUCACUUCCGGUGGGUUAAGUUCACUUUAAUUGGCCACGAUCGCAGCAUAAAGCUGUGAAGAACAGAGCACUUUACUGCGAGGGAUGCCGCAAUGACCGCAUCUUAAUUGAGAGGAACACACGAAACGACAAGACUUACAAACUUUGCCUGCUGAUAUAGAGUGUCUGCUUCGUAUAUGCACAAAUACGCUUUAGUUUUAAAAUAGCAUUUCAAGCUAACUUUACUUAGUUCUGUGAUUGUAAUUUAACUAUGUUAACUCAAGUUUAGUGCACUUCAGAAGUGUUAAGUUAGAAGCGUUCCUCUGUUGUAACUUCUCCCAUUUUUAUGGGAAAACAAUGGUUGUGUAACUACUUCAUUUAGAGGGCUGUAACGUCAGUGUGUAAGUAAUCAAAGGUACAUCAGAUUCCUCCAGUGUACCAACAGUCAACUUUCAAAAACCUCAUUGGCAUUUGUGUCGAUAUUUUUGUGUACAGUAUUGUUCUGCCCGAUAGUAGCACCAACACCUGUUGUGAUCUUUUUUUUUUUUACAUUUUGUAGUAGCAGCAGUUUAACUUUUUUGAUUUAUACAGUAUAUCCUACAUUAACUGUUAAGUGCAAAACUAUUUCAUGGUUGUUUUAAGACUUUGAAACAGAUAUUGAAAACAGAAGGACAGAACUGUCUGCAGUGCCUUGGUUUGUGAAAGGCAAUGUAACUGGGUGCCAGCGUCCGUUUUAUAGAUUUACAGCCAUAUAAUAAUGCUUAUUAUAAUAGUGCUAAAUUCAAGAAUUGCAGUUCAAAACAAGAUAAUUUCACUUUUUUCCCCCACUGGAGAAUGAAUACUUUUUAUAUUCAUUUUAUUUAAUUUCUUGGAUGAUGUUGAGGUGAAACUUGUGGCCUGAGAUGUUUAGUUUAGUUGUAGUCUUACACAUUGAAAGUGUUAAGAGCGUCUGUCAGCUGUUAGCUGAGUUUGAUGGUGCAAUGUGCCAUUUCAUGGAAAUCAAAGUGUUACCUGCUCAUCUUGAAACAGGGCCAAACAUUUUUUUCAUAAAUUGUAGAGCAAGUCAAAUACCUCAACCUAUCACAUGCUCUCUUAUUUUUAUUUCACUACAACAGUUUUGCAUGUAAAUCAGGACCUAACAGUGAAUCGGAGUGCCUCUGCUUUGAAUUCUAACUUUUUUUGCUUGGCCAAUAUGCAGUGCAACACUGCCCUGGCAUGAUUACUGACAGAACAUGGAUCUGUGACUGAUUUACCCUUUUCUUUCUGAGUUAAAUCUAAACAGAUAUGGCAAAAAAGCAAGGCUGUAUAUAAGUGUGUAUAGAUAUUCAGUCUUUGACCUUAAGUACAGAUGGCUUCGGAUUUGAUGUACAUGCUGUGCUAGAAAUGAAACUUGUAUUUUUGCAAUAAAGUUAUAUUAAGCUCCAAUCAGGAGCAGAACGCUG